AUGGCUCCCAGAUUGCCCGCUCGGCCACAUCUUCAGGAUGAAAUUCUACUACAGAGCUUGCAAAACCCAGAGGAAUUCUGGGCUCGCCAAGCUGAGCACCUUCACUGGCACAAGAGACCCGAAGCCAUACUCCAAAUGGGGCAGAAGACGCUGCAAGACGGCGUAGUUCACCCCAAUUGGGAGUGGUUCUCUGGCGGUGAGAUAUCGACAUGCUACAACUGUAUCGACCGUCAUGUAGCUGCAGGCCGCGGAGACCAUGUGGCUAUUUACUACGACAGUCCCAUUACAAACACAAAAGAGACCUAUACAUACAACCAGAUUCUCAGCGAGGUCGAGACGUUAGCUGGAGGGCUCAGGGAAGAGGGUGUCAAAAAGGGUGAUGUGGUGAUGCUGUACAGUAAGUAUACAUUUGAGACACCAUGGUACAACAACAGCGGCCGCAUCUUACUUAUUCGGAACAUAGUGCCCAUGAUCCCCGCGGCUCUGAUUGGAAUGCUGGCUAUUAACCGUCUCGGGGCCAUCCACUCCGUUGUAUUUGGCGGCUUUGCACCGAACGCUCUGGCUCAGCGUAUUGACGCUUGCAAGCCAGUGGUUCUCCUCACUGCCUCGUGUGGUAUCGUUGGGAACAAGCCUCCCAUCGCGUAUCAACCACUAGUAGAAGAAGCGAUGGAUCUGUCUUUCCACAAGCCAGAGCGCACCGUGAUCUGGCAACGAGAGCAACUGCGCUGGGGCAAAAAGUGCUGGUGGAGAGAGCUGUGGUGUUGGAUACAAAGAGUUGUGUUUGGUAGCCAGAAGACUCGCACUAGCCAGUCGUCAUGGCAAGAGUUUAUGGGUAGUGCCAAAGCGCGAGGUGUCAAAGCCGAUUGCGUGCCAGUAAAGAGCGACAAUCCUUGUUACAUCAUGCAUACAUCUGGUACAACUGGAGCCCCCAAGGGCGUGCUGCGCGAUGCAGGUGGCCACGCAGUAGGCUUACAUUUCUCCAUCAGUUACGUCUUCAAUAUCCGCGGCCCAGGAGACGUAGUCUUCACAGCAUCAGACAUUGGUUGGGUCGUCGGACACUCCUAUAUCCUCUACGCACCGUUGCUCGCUGGUGCCUCCACCGUCCUAUAUGAAGGCAAGCCCGUGGGAACUCCCGAUGCGUCCGCGUUUUGGCGUGUGGUCGAAGAAUACAAGGUCAACGCAAUGUUUACAGCGCCAACCGCACUUCGAGCCGUCAAACAUGAUGAUCCUAAUAAUGACUUCCUCUCUCAGAUUGGCGAGCGCGGAGGCCUACGAUCGCUCAGAGCUCUAUUCCUUGCGGGCGAGCGUUCGGAGCCCUCUUUGAUAUCCAUGUACCAAAAACUCCUCGAUAAAUAUGGCGCACCUUCUUCACACGUCAUCGACAACUGGUGGUCAACAGAAGUAGGGUCACCAAUAACGGCUCGAGCGCUGGCGCCGCACGCCGCACAGGAUCGCAGAACUAGCGUGCGAAACCACAAGCCACUGCCAAUCAAACCCGGAAGUUGUGGAAAGCCGAUGCCGGGAUUCGACGUUCGUGUCGUAGAUAAACAGGGCAAAGAAGUAGAGCCAGGGUCAAUGGGUAAUAUUGUAUUGGGAUUGCCUCCUGCGCCGACGGCGUUCCGCACGCUGUGGGAAGAUGAGGAAAGAUUCUAUAAGAGCUAUCUGAAACGAUUUGGUGGAAAAUAUCUGGAUACUGGAGAUUCCGGAUGGAUUGAUGAAGAGGGUUACGUUCAUGUGAUGAGUAGAAACGACGAUGUACUGAAUGUCAGUGCUCAUCGACUAUCAAGUGGGGCCAUUGAGCAAGCCAUCUCAGCCCAUCCACUUAUCGCAGAAUCCUGCGUAGUCGGGGUUCCUGACGAACUCAAGGGCCAGCUCCCCUUCGCGUUCAUCACCCUCUCCGUCACGGACCACCCGGAGUCCGCUGUGCCAAACGCCAAGAUUGCCUUCGAGAUCCAGUCGCUUGUACGCAAGCAAGUUGGUGCAAUUGCGUCGUUAGGAGGCAUCGUCCAAGGCAAAGGCAUGAUUCCCAAGACGAGAUCGGGUAAGACGCUGCGACGUGUACUCCGAGAACUGGUCGAGAACGGUGUCCAUGGAGAAUUUACCAAGGAAGUUGCGGUGCCUAGCACCGUGGAGGAUGCGGCAGUGGUGGAUGUUGCUCGGGACAAGGUCAAAGAAUACUUUGAGAAGAGCAGUUGUAAACACAGAGCGAUUGAGGUAAGGGAGAAGUCAUAG